UGCAUGCCCCGACUUAUCAGGCAGACUGAGAACUGAUACAGUGUAAGGUGGUACUCAGACAGUUGUGUUUAGUCUAACCAAAACGUUCCGGUCUCUUCUGUGAGUGGACAGUGGUCUCCGUGACUACUGGACUUCUCCGGACUGAUUACUGAAGAAGGGCUUCUAGGUUCUUUGUAUGUUGAGGUGGCAGCUUUCAUCUAUCUACAUCCCACGUGAUUUCUCUUCUAGUGAAGCUCCUCGUUGCUUUAGGACUCAGUUUACUGCUUCUCAUUGUUAGCUGAGACCACCUGGGUGCGGACCGCAGUUCAGUCGAACUAGAGGAUCAGCUCUUUUCCCCCAUCCCUGGUUAUAGAGAGAUAUUUUAGUUUUUGGUCAUGGCAGAAGGUGGUAUCGCGUACCCCUCUGUGUUUAUGGUGGACAGCAGUGCUGUCUACCCCCGACUGCCGUCCAAGCCUCCCCCAGCACAACAGAGGCCUGGGAUCCAGGUCAUUCUGUUCCUGCUGGUCAGCCUGGCUCUCUGUGGCAUGGUCAUAGAGGCCUUCUUCAUCUACCACCUCUACCGCGCUGACACUGUGAGUACGACAUUUACUCUGCCCGACUGUCUGACCCACAAGAUGCACAAAAGCACAGAACCACACUUACGUAUCAUUUUGUAUCUGUUGCAGAGAGGAUUUGGAGUGCUUAGUAAGAGUAUUCAAGACCAAUCUGAAGUUGUUACCCUGGCCCCAACCAAAGCAUCGACUGUAAUGGUGCCUUCAAAACCUCUCGCCCAUCUGAUUGCUGGACCUCCAAGGCGUCAUUCAAAUGGGAUCAUGCAAUGGGUCAGGGAGGAACCCCCCUUUGUCUAUGACAUGGACUACAGAGAUGGAAAGCUGGUCAUAAAGAGAGAGGGAUUCUACUAUGUCUACUCCAAGCUCUAUUUUAAAGACUCCAUCCACUUCACACACACUGUCCUCAAAGAAUCAGAUCGUUAUCUUGCGAAACCCAUCCCCCUCCUUCAGUCCCAGUGGUUCCACGCUAAAGACAAGAUAGCAUUAUCUAAUAGUUAUCUGGGAGGGGUGUUCCAGUUCUUUAGGAAUGACUCCAUCUUUGUGACAGCGUCAAACACCUCUAAUGUCAUACGCUCCAAGGCAUACGAGAACUACUUCGGUGUCGUCAUGAUCUGUUGAUCUCCGUUUAUCACCGAGGGUAAAAAAGUAAUGAAAGAGUUGGAAAGCAAACAUUUCGAAAUCGAUUUAUAUGAUUAAUCAUCGUCACGAAUCAUGAUUUACAAAAUAAUGACAAAAUGUAAUACAUAUUUGAAUUUGUUUUGCCAUUGUGAGGUCAGGUCAGGUCAACACUGUUUCAGGUCCGAAUUUAGGAAAGGGCGUAAUAGAGUCUGCAGGGACUGUCAAGAGCUUAUCACAUGGGUAUUCUUAACCUCCAAGUCUCUGCAAGUAAGUUCUGUCAUACUGGGAAGUCUCAAUACAGAACAGUACAGAUAUAUUAUUUUCACAAAUGUGUACAGUUUAAUGAAGAUAGUUUAUUGACUUUAUUAGAGACGAUAGAACUUCUUUUUUUUAUUUUACAUUACGGUAUAUAUUGAUAAAAUUAUGGAGAGCUAAAUAUACAUGUUAAUGUUAUCCAACCAAUGAAUGUUAAGAGUACCUGACAUUCAGGUGCUUAGUGCUGUUUAUUAACCAUUGCUGUGUUUAUGCAAAAAAAAAGUGAAAUUCAUUGUCCUUGUGUAAUACUACCAUACAAUAGCCUAAUUAACAUGCAUUUUGCUUUCAAGUUUAACGUUUUAACAGCGUUAAGUAGUAGCAAAUUGUUGCUAUA